GUUUGUGACUAAAUGGAUUGAUUUAAAUUGCUGUGUUGGUGAAUCGUAAGAAAGAUUUAAAAAUCGCUACACUUGCACACCGACCUAUUGCCGUGGCGACCGAUAGAAAAUAUAAAUAAGUAUACAUAAACAAUCAACUGUGUCGGCGAAUUUUCUCGUUCACAUUGAGUAUUUCAACCUCUGCCAAGUUAGCACGGGAUUUCAUUAACCAAAAACGACAUGGAUUAAUAAUUACGCACUUUGGAUUUUAAAGAUUUGCAGAAGAAUUUCAUAUUAUGGCACAUGGUGCAGUGUUUUGAUUUUAAAGAACUAGAACCCGGUAUUCAGUCGUCGAACUAUAAGGAUGGAUCUACAAAUGAAAUUAUGUGACAGCGUGACGGGUUCUCUCAGCAGGACCCCUAGUCUGAAGCUGAAAGUAUUUCGGAAACUUUUAGAUGAGAAGAAUUCAGAGGAGAACAGGAAGAUUCGCCGGCACACGCCCGUGGGGUCGGGUGAAUACAGUGUAGGAUGUUGGGACAUGAUGUGUGGGGGGCCCACGGAUAAAGGAACAUUCUUUAGACUAUUUUAUCCCGUGGAGAAAACUGAUAUUUAUAAAAGAGACAAACAGUGGCCACUGUGGUUACCAAGGAAACAAUAUGGCGAAGGAUACGCAGACAUUGUUACGAAAAACCCCAGAAUAAAAGUUUUUGGCAAAUUGUUUAAUUGGAUGGGAGGGGAUGUGUAUGUUCCCGCCCUUUGGCAGGGUCCCCUAUGUCCCUCCAACACAAAAUUCCCAGUGGUCAUAUUUUCGCAUGGAUUAGGCGGAAACCGGACGACGAACACGACAAUGUGUUGUGAGCUGGCCUCCCAAGGGUUUAUUGUAGCGUCCAUAGAGCACAGAGAUGGAUCAGCUUCCAUGACGUAUCACUUAUCAGAGGAAAUCAAUAGGCACCAUGUAACUACAACCGCGGAAUCGAACUCCCGACCUCACAGUCGCCACACCAUUCACCGAACCCAUCUGUACUCGGAGGAAUGGAAACCAUUCGAGUGGUUCGAACCCUGGGACGACUUCACGUAUAGAAACAAACAGGUUCAUCAUCGUGCAGAUGAGGUAAUUCAGGCGUUAGACAAUUUAGUCUUACUACAUAAUGGCAAAGAACUACAUAAUUCCAUGAGAACUCACUUCAAUACCAAGCAAUUUAUGAAUCGACUAGAUUUAUCCAGAGUGGUUGUAAUGGGCCAUUCUUUCGGAGGUGCUACUACACUAUGUACCUUGUCCAAAGACAAACGAUUUCGAGUGGGCGUGGUUUUGGAUGGUUGGAUGCAUCCACUGGAUGAGGAAAUCUAUGGAAACAUCAACCAACCCGUCCUGAUGCUAAACAUGGAAUCCUUUCAGUGGAAAACUAAUGUAGAACAAAUGAUGAGACUGAUGACGGAUGACACAGAAAGACGCAGCAUGAUCACCAUUAAGGGCACUUGUCACCAAAGCGUAACAGACUUCCAGUUUCUGGUCAACAAAGCAGUGGGGCGCGUGUUAGAUGUCCGGUAUACUCUAUCCCCAAAGACUGCCAUGUCUCUAGCCAACAAAGCCUCGCUAGGCUUCCUCCACAAACACUUAGGUCUACAGGGUAAGGAAACACAUGACGAUAUUUUGUCAGGUGACCAUGAUCUCAUCAUACCAGGCACCAAUGUCAAUAUGUCAUAAGUCAAAGGUCACGCCAUGGAUCCAUGUACCGAUGUCAAUAUGUUAAAGGUCAAAGGUCACGUCAGGGAUCCAAUCGUCUUCCACGUCUAUUUGUCUUUCUAAUUUAGUAUUUGCCAAAUCUGUAGAAACUGUGUUCAAGCUGAAUCUGUGAUAUAAUUUAUUAUGCUUUUACUGUAUUGAUAAGAUGAGCCACAAACUGCUUGUACAUGUAUGUGAUAGGAACUUGCAUUCACCAUUCAUACGUCAUUGUUUCUACCUCUACAAAACAUGGUGCUCUUCUCUGUUCUACGAAUUUAGAUCAAUUUUCAUAAAUGUAUCAUUAUUUCUAUACAUUGAUAUGUGUGUGUUUGUUGCCAUUUGUUUUUUACACCACCAAAUGUUAUUUUGUUAUCUAUAAUUUAUGCAAUUAAAGUUAGUUUACAAAUAAAAUGCUCCCUGCACUGGU